GUCUAUGGUGUCUGUCAAUGUCAAACGAAUGUCAAAAAUUUACCUAUUCUCUAUGUUUAGAAUUGGAUAUCAACAUGGCAGAAUUAGCAGCGUUACUACAGACUGAAAUACCUGAAGGACGAAAUCAUCUCACCGACAGUCAUACUAAUCUUGAACGAGUAGCAGAAUACUGUGAAGCUAAUUAUUUUCAAUCAGAGAAUAAAAGACUUGCUUUAGAGAGUACUAAAAACUAUACAACCCAAUCUUUAGCCAGUGUAGCUUAUCAAAUUAACACAUUGGCAUUCAAUUUCCUUCAACUACUUGAACUACAAACUAUGCAGUUAGCUGAAAUGGAAGGUCAAAUGAAUCACAUUGCUCAGACAGUCGCUAUACAUAAAGAGAAAGUAGCAAGGCGAGAGAUUGGUGUCCUUACUGCCAAUAAAGUUAUUACCAGACAAUAUAAAAUUAUAGCACCAGCUAACCCUGAAAAACCUAUUAAGUAUCUUCGAAAGAGUAUUGAUUAUACAGCUCUUGAUGAUAUCGGUCAUGGGGCCCGUUGGAAUAGUGGUCAGUCUGGGACACCUCGUGGUCGCCGUUCUGGUUCAGCACCCAGUUCUGCUACUUUACCGGCACCUACAACAAAACCCCCAACACCACCAGCAGCUGUUCGUGCUGCAAAUGCUGCCAACACAGGCACUUUGGGACGUGGUACUCUGGGUAAAUCGUCUCGCGAGUAUCGCACACCGCCUGCAGUGGCGCCGCCACAAGUGCCUUCGCACUAUGCACCAAACUACCCGCGGCGCCCUCCCGGAUACUCAACCUUACCUGUGGCUCAACCACAAGUUCAAGUUGGAAUGGUGCAUCCAAAUCAACAUCAGUCACCGUCGAACUACUCUCAACAGGAUUUACACGCGAGCAUGCCGCCACCGCCAUCUCCAUUAAUUGGGUCCGAUGGAGAACACAGCCAACAUUCCAUGAGUUUACCUGGACAGCGUGGUUCGUCUUCGUCCACUGGUGGGGCGUCAAUACGCGGCGGAUCAGUAUCGCCUCCGCUCCCGCCUCCGCCUAUGGACGACGAGCUGGUACAUGAUGCCUUCGGACGACCGCAUCAUCUCAAUAAUAAGAUGAACGCGCCAUAUUCUAACGCUGUGCCGGCUAUAGUGCCAGAUGAAGAGGAUUUGCCUGGAUGGGUUCCGAAAAAUUAUAUCGAAAAAGUGGUAGCGAUAUACGACUACUACGCUGACAAGGAAGAUGAGCUAUCGUUCCAGGAGAGUGCUGUGAUCUAUGUGCUGAAGAAGAACGAUGACGGCUGGUGGGAGGGGGUCAUGGACGGUGUCACGGGACUAUUCCCCGGAAAUUACGUUGAACCAUGCGUUUAAUAAAAAUAUAUCCUUCAUAACAUCCUACCAAUUUCACUUGUUUGCUAUAAUAAUGACACAAUUAAAAAAGAAACUUUUACUAAAGGUCAUCUCAUACUAGCGCUAAGUCAGCCUUAAUCUGAAAAUCAAUAUAAAAAAUUCAUCGUUAUCUCAAGAACAUAAUGAUCAUAUUUUGUGUAAAAUAAAAAAAGGCCAUGUGCGAGUCGGACUAGUGCACGAAGGAAUCCGUACUGUGAUUAAUAAAAAAAGUAAAAAAAUCACGCUUCUUUGAUUUCAAUGGAGUUCGAAAUUUUCGAUUUAAAUACAAUUGGACGAAUAUUACUUGUAAUGUUGUGCAGCCAACUUAAGUGUGAUAGUUUCCAUUUUAACUUCGUUAUAUAUAGGUACUACUGCCGUAACGUUUGAAUUUUUAGCAACCACCGUUUAGUUGGUAGGGAGGGGGACACUUGACUCUAGUGAUAAUUAGCUCUUCAAAGCCUAACAAGUAACAGACGGUUUACUAAAUCGAAAAACGGCCUUCUUACACCCCUAAUAUUUUUGAAAGACCUAUCCAACGAUAUCCCU